AUGUCGAAGGAUAAGCGCGAUAUCUACUACCGACUUGCAAAGGACGAGGGCUGGCGUGCACGGUCCGCCUAUAAGCUCUUACAACUGGAUGAACAGUACGACCUCUUUCGUGGGGUGACGCGUGCCGUGGAUCUUUGCGCUGCCCCGGGGUCUUGGUCGCAGGUCUUGUCACACAAGCUCCCCGCCGAUGCCAUUAUUAUCUCGGUCGACUUGGCUCCAAUGGCCCCUCUUCCCCGGGUGACUCAGAUACAAGGAGACAUCACCCGAAAGGAGGUGGCCGAUAAGAUAAUAGAGCUUUGUCACGGCGAAAUGUGCCAGCUCGUUGUCUGUGAUGGGGCGCCGGACGUAACUGGUGUCCACGAUCUGGAUGAGUAUGUGCAGGCUGGCCUUGUGGAUCAUGCAAUGACUCUUGCACGGCAAAUUCUUGCACCCGGCGGAACAUUUGUGUCAAAAGUGUUUCGGGGAGAGUGCCUGGAGUCCCUGUUGCGAAGGAAUGCGCUGUCAUUUUUCAAGACCGUCGAUAUAUCCAAGCCAGACGCAAGCCGAGCGUCUUCAAUGGAGUGCUUCAUGGUGUGCGCAGACUAUGUGCCGGAAGGAAUACCCUACUCAAAGGACCGCGAAGUAUACUAUUCACAGUGUGGAGACUUCAGAAUGCUAGAUAGUAACCGGUCGUAUCCCACAAACUUUUCGCUCUGCACAGACUCUACGCUUAUAGGGUCAUCCGUUGGAACUGUGUCGGAGAGGCCCUCGACUUGUCGAAACUCUUUUACGCUGGACUUUCUUCUUCGUGAAUCCAUUGACAAAUAG